AUGGGGCGUUCCUGCUCUGGUGUGUGUGCUCUUUACUCUGGUGUGUCUGCGCUGGCAUCUUUAGGCUCUGGUCUUCACGGCGCCGCUGUCACGAGCGGAAAAGAUUACCGAGGCAUUGACGAGAGCUUUCUAUCACGCACAGCCGCCACGGAAGCAAAAAAAUUGCGAUCGCUCAAAGCCAAAAUCAAAUGGCUCAAAGAGGGAGACAUUAAUUCAGGUUUUUUCCAUAGGGCAAUUCGUGGGAGACGUGUCAAAAACGAGAUUGGCGGAAUGCUCUUUGAAAACUCGUGGAUAUCUAAACCGGAAGAGGUUAAAGUAAGAGUGAAAAAUCAUUUUGAAGCUUUUUUCAAAAGGAAAGAACGAUUGAUGCCUGAUUUCCCCCUGGAUUUCAUGAGGAGGAAAAUUUCAAAUGACGAGAGGCAGUGGUUGAUCAGGGAUUUUGAUCUGGACGAGAUUAAAGAAGCAGUUUGGAGCUGUUGUGGAGACAAGAGUCCGGGACCCGAUGGAUUUAACUUCACAUUCUGGAGAGCGGCGUGGCCCGUGGUUAAAGAGGACUUAGUCCAGGUUUUGAAGGAAUUUCACGAAAACGGGAAAAUACCGAAAGGUGGUAACGCCUCUUUUAUUGUUUUGAUUCCGAAGAAAGAAGGGGCUGGGUCGCUCGAAGAUUUUCGUCCAAUUUCUCUUAUCACUAGCUUGUUCAAAAUUGUGGCUAAAAUCCUGGCUGAGAGAUUGAAGAGGGUUAUGGGGUCGAUCAUUUCCGAUAAUCAAAGUGCGUUUGUCAAGGGUCGCUUCAUCCUAGAUGGGGUGGUUAUCCUGAAUGAAGCUAUUUUUGAGUACGCGGACGAUACUAUCUUUUUGUUGGAGGCAGAUGAUAGGAAUAUGGAGAGCGUCAAGAAACUCCUGAUUCUCUUUCAGUUCGUCUCGGGUUUAGCUGUAAAUUUUGACAAAAGCUGUCUUCUGACAGUGGGAGUGGAUGAGGCAGUUGAGAGGAGAUGGGCAUCGCUCCUCAUGUGCAAGAUAGGAUCCUUUCCAUGCAACUACUUGGGACGAAUUACUCUAGUCAAGUCAGUGUUGCAAUCCAUCCCGGUCUAUCAAUUAUCCUUCGCUUUCAUACCUAAAGCGGUGAUUAAAGAACUUAAUUCAUUGUUCUCCAAAUUUUUGUGGGGAGGAGGUACACAGACGGGAGGUAUUACCUGGUUUAAGUGGAAUGCCUUGUGCCUAAACAAGGAUUCAGGAGGUCUGGGGUUUCGGAAUAUCGAUUGGUUUAAUAAGGUGCUGUUAAGUAAGUGGCUCUGGAGGUUUUUGGGGGAGGGGAAAGCUCUGUGGGUAAGGGUGAUUAAAUCGAUUUAUGGGGAGCUAGAAUGGGGGGAAGGGGGUGAAUGUUCGGUGGUGGGGAGAGGUGGACAGAAAGGGUGGUGGCAGAAAAUUGUGGAUAAGGAAGGAGGAAUGAGAGAUAGGUGGUUCAUCAAUAAUUUGAGGCGAAGAAUUGGGGAUGGGCUUGAGACCAGCUUCUGGGAGGAUGUGUGGGCGGUUGACAAACCCCUUAAGUUUGUGUUUCCGAGAUUGUAUAAUUUGAGCCUGAACAAGAAAAGGUUGGUUGGUGAAAGCGGGUUUUGGGUGGGAGGGUCGUGGGUGUGGAGGGUGGAGUGGAGGAGGGAGCUAAGGGAGAGGGAGAAAGGGUUUGCGGAGGAACUCCGACGGAUGGAACUGGAAGGCUACACCAGAUGGAUGCUUCACAAUUAA